UCAUCUGUGCCAGAGAUCUUGGCUAAGGACACCAUGACCUCAGAUGUGCUAUACCAACACUUCUGGCAGUUCCGCUACCAUGAGGCAGAUGGGCCCCGAAAGGUUUGCAGCCAGCUCCAUGGACUUUGCAACCAGUGGCUGAAGCUGGAGAGGCACACCAAGAAGCAGAUCCUGGACCUGGUGAUCCUGGAGCAGUUCCUGACUCUCCUGCCCCAGGAAAUGCAGGGCUGGGUCAGAGGAUGUGGGCCGGAGACCAGUUCCCAGGCGGUGGCCCUGGCCGAAGGUUUCCUCCUGAGCCAGGCAGAGGAGAAGAGGCAGGCAGGACAGGGACCACCUUUGGAAAUGGAAGCCGCAAUCCCUGAGGCAGAAGGAGCUUCAUUGGAGCAGGGGCAGAGGGUGCAGGCGGUGGAGCGUGCCCAAGAUGCCCUCUCCUGUGGAACUGGCAGUGAAGAGAUGCUGUUGAGCCGUUGUCUUUUCCAAGGUGUGGGAACAGUCGCUGCACCUCCAAUCCAGUGUCCCUUUUCCUUGGAGGAGGUGUCCGUCUCUUUCACGGAGGCAGAGUGGGCCCUGCUGGAUCCGGGACAAAGAGCUCUGUAUAGGGAAGUCACGCUGGAGAACUAUGGGAACGUGGCCUCUCUGGCUAUCAUGGCGGUGGAGCUUCGGGGCAUACAAGAAAGACAGGAACAGCCACCGCUGAGCCUCUGGCUUCUUGCAAAAGUCCCAUGCCAAAAGAAAACCCCUUCAGGGUCUCUUGGCGGGUGCCACAUAUGUGGCACCAACCGCCUGAUUCAGAGGGGCCGCUGGAGAGACGAUCCGUGGACCCCUGUUGAGCUCAAGGCGACAUAACCCGGAAAAAAAUAUGCUAAGUUGUUUAAUAACAUUAAUAAUUGUUAAUUUUGUUUUGUGUGAUAAAGUUCGUUUAUUAAAAUUGUUCGUAAA